GUUCUUUUUAAAACACUCUAGAAAAUUUUAUUUCAUGUGAAAUUGAUCAUUAAAAAGGAACCAAAAUAAAAUAACUUUAAAUGUUUUUAAUUUCUAAAUUAUACUUUAAAUGUGCAAAAAAUGUUUAAUUGGAAUAAUUAUUAUGCAAUCAUUGAUUUCUACUUGUGCUCAGUUACAAGAUCAUGUAAUACUUUGGGAUGCUAAUAACUGGAGAUUUAAAGAAGGUCAAAAUGAAAUCAACGUCAAUGAAGGUGAUAAUUUGAUUUUUAUCUGUCCACCAAAUCGAACAUUUUCUCAAUCACUUUAUUGGACAAAUGAUUCACGAGUAACAAUAAAAUGCAAUCGAACUUUACCAAUUAAAGUAAUUAAACUUUUAGAUUGUUUCGGUGAUAAUUAUGCAACGGAAUUUAUACUCAAAAUUAGUAGAUUUCAUGAAAUUUCAUCUCUUCCAGUAUUUCAUCAUGAAUUACCCAUUCAUUUUGUAGCUCAAUCGGUUAUUUGUCAAAACAGUAACUUCCGCCUGAGUGUUAAGCUGGCGUCAACACAUAGGACCACAAGCACAGAUAACGUUUCCAAUGGUUCCGCAACAUAUAUCAAAAAGUCUAACUUGACAGAUCAUUAUGAAAAAUCUCCUACCUCAAAUAAAUCAUCCUAUUAUCAUAUUAAACGGAAAAUUGCAAAAUUUGUCUCUAAUCUCUCUACGAAUUCAUAUUUAAAUCAUGAAUUUACUAGUACAGAUCAAACAACCUGGAAAGAAUAUCGUUUUCUUAUUUUACCAGCAACAUUAGCUUUUUUUACAUUAAUUGGAAUGCAGAUUGUUUUUUGUAGUUUUUGGUUACCUAUUUCAGUGAUCAAUAAAUUCUUUAAACAUUUUCGACAAGGUAAACGUUUAGAAAAAUUGAAAUCACAAUCUAAUCAGAAAAUUGAACAAAAUGAAACAAAAACAAUAAUCGUUUGCAAAGAAAAUUAUCAAAAUCAAAAUCAAAAUUUAUGUUGGAGUAUACCGACUCAAAGAUCAAUGAAUUCUUGUACAAUAUAUUCAAUGAAAAAGUCAUUUUCGAAUUGUAACCCAUAUAUUACUUCUUAUAAUCAAUCAAAUGAUUGUAAAUUAAUAAAUCAAAGUUAUCAAACUAAUUGUCAUAAUGAAAAUGAUCAAUUUCAAUUGUUAAUACCGAAGAAAUCAUUAAUACAUCAUUAUGAUUAUUGUAAUCAAACAGAUUUAUAUGAAAGUCCAAAUGUAUUAUGUAAUUGUUCCUAUCAUCAACAUCAACAAAUUAUGAUGAAAUUAAAUAAAAAUCAUACAAAUAUUUUACCGAUUUUUAUUUCAUCUAAUAUGAAAUGACAGAAGAAGUUUACAACGAAAUAAACUAUAUCAGAAUUGACUUAAACAUUAAGGAACAAUUGAUUUUGGUAUUAUUAUUAGUAGUAGUGUGGUGUGGGUUACUUAUAUCCAUAUAAGUAGUAUAUAACGGUGGUCAAGCAUAGAAUGUAUUUCAGUGGAAGAUUGAUAAGGAAGGAACGGAAACGGAACACAGUUGGUAUGAUAAUGCAUAAACAAUCAUAUCUGAGACAAUGAACCGAUAUUUGCAAAAGAAACAGUGAAGUUUGAAACGAUGGACUUAUAUUUUGCAAAUUAACUAUUUACUAUAUGGUUCUCAGAUUUUAAUAAAACGUUCUGUAAUUUCGUGUCAAAUAAUUCGAUUGUCCUCACCUGUUCUUGUUUACUACAGUAGUAUGUGUAACAAAGAUGAUUAUUUCCUUUUAAAUAUUAACUGUAUAAUAAUAAUAAUAAUCGAUAUAAAAAUCAAAUGCCUUUUAUUGUUCAGUACACAAAAGAAACUAUUGUGUUACUGACCUUCAGAGUACUUUUUCUUUCUUUUCUUUUUUUUUCUUUCUCAAACAAUAUAAAACUAUAGUUUAGUUAAUUUUACAAAAUUACAAGAUGAAAGACCAAAUCAAGUAUGCCAAUUAUCCAAAAAAGUCGAAGGAAUUAUUUCACUUUGAUGUAACUUUCUUAUUUAUCUUUAAUAUAGUACUGUAUUUCUAUAAUAUUAAUGAAAGAAAAAGAAACAAAAAUAAACUAACAUUCAACUUCUUAAUUCAUCUAUUUAUACUUGUUUAUAUUGUUUUGUAGAUAACCAAAAGAAAGAAAGAAGAAAAAAUACGAAUAGAGAAGUAUACGUUUUUUGUUGUUGCGUCAUCACAUAUUUUCUUUUCUUUUCUUAUUCUUUUUUCUUGAUGUUUCAUUCAAAUAAUGUUUCAUCUUUAAUGAAUAUAAACAUCUUAAUGAUAUAGAAUUGUUGAAAGUUUAUAAUGUAUAUCUUUCUGUAUUUGUG